AUGGUAACGAUAGUGUUCAUCGUUAAUGUAGCGAGGUACUAUUCACAAAUCACAAGUACUACAGAGAUGAAAUUGUUCACAAUUAUUGNGUUAGGUUUGGCCAAGCAGAUAUUGAGCGUGACACCGAAGGGGAAUCCAAUGCAAUUUGCGAGAAGAUUGGGGCUCGAAAGUGUAAUAAGGAAUUUAGAGGAGGCGGUGUUCGAGUACGCGGAGGUGCAGGAGAUAAUGGAGAAGAGAGGGAAGGGUGAUCAAGUGGAGUAUUUGGUGAAAUGGAAAGACGGUGGAGAUAACGAAUGGGUGAAAGCGAGAUUGAUCGGGGAGGAUUUAGUGAUGGACUAUGAAGCCGGGUUGGAAUACGGUGUGGCUGAGGGUGUACUGGGGAAGAGAAUGGGUGAUGAUGGGAAGCAAGAGUAUUUGGUUAAAUGGACGGAUAUUGAUGAGGCGACGUGGGAGCCUGAGGAGAAUGUUGAUCCUGAUUUGAUCAAGGAGUUUGAGGAUGGGCCUGGUGAGGUCCAAAUAAGUGAAACUAAUGGGCCUGAGCCCAGUAGAUGUUAGGGGGGGUUGUAAUUUUUUUCACCGUUUUGAAAGUAUUGUUGAUUAAUUAAUUAAUGUGAUUAAAGAAUGGGAAUAUUAUUUGUUA